UAAAUGUCUAUUAUAUUUAACCAAUCAAGUGUGAUUUAAUUUAUUGCUUGUAUUUUGACCUUCCCAAGAUGGCGGCGGCUCUGCAGUCCAACUUCCGUAUUCUUCUAGUCGCUGUGACGUCACGACGCCACUCGCUCAUUCCUAGUAUGAAAACAAUAAACAACCCAGUGAACCCACUGCCUCAGAAGGACCGUAGAGCACCCGUCGCGUAUUUUCCCUGACAUUUGUGAUUAAAAGAAGAACCAGGGCGUCGGGUUGCUUUGUAUAAUCUACCCGCUUAGCACAAAUCCAGGUCCAAACACGAAGACUCGGGGCAUUUUGGUGUCAAAGCAUAGGAAGUUAGACGGUCUCGUCCAUCUCAUCUCGCGUUCACUUCGUUUUUCUCGUCUGCACACAAUACCGAGGGCUCUUAAAUCUGUUAUGCAGGACUGGUCUCUUGUUUCGCCACCUCUCAGCUCCCUCUCCCCGUCUGUCGUGGCCCUAUGUCUCGGUGGCUGUUCCCUUGGUCGGGCUCAAUAAAGAAACGGGCCUGUCGGUACCUCCUGCAGCACUACCUGGGCCACUUCUUGGAGGAGAGACUGAGUUUGGACCAGCUGAGUUUGGACCUGUACAAUGGCAGCGGUGUCAUUAGGGAGAUUAACUUGGAUGCUUGGUCGGUCAAUGAGUUCUUGGAGUCUUUAGGAGCUCCGCUAGAGAUUGUCGAAGGUUUUGUGAGCAGCAUAGCGGUGACUAUUCCCUGGGCGGCACUUGUGACGGACCACUGCACCCUUGAAGUCACUGGAUUGCAAAUAACAUGCAGACCCAAAUACAGAAACAAUGGGAGCUGGGACUCCCAAGGAUGGUCCUCAUGUAUGACGUCCAGCAUGCAGCUGGCCCAGGAGUGCCUGAAGGACCCACCCGAGGCGUCCGAAGAGCCACCUGCUCCGCUGGAGGGGCUGGAAAUGUUUGCACAGACCAUAGAGACUGUCCUUCGUCGAAUUAAAGUCACCUUCCUGGACACCAUCGUGCGAGUAGAACACCAUCCCCUGGAUGCUGAGACGGGGGUUGCCUUAGAAAUGCGCAUCAAACGGGUGGAUUAUUGUGAUGAGGCUGUGAGAGACUCAAGCCAGACAGUGCCUGUGGACAUCCACCAGCCACCAGCUUUCCUGCACAAGAUCCUACAGCUUAACUCUGUACAACUUCUCUAUGAGACCUUAGGAGGAACGCAGGGGCUGAUUCAUUCUGAUGUUAUGGUGGACAGCAGGGAGGACACGAAGAAGUCAGAUGAGGAUGAUGAAAAGGAUGAAGAUGUAGUAGAUGAUGCUUCAGAACCUCCUCAACCAUUACCAUCCCAGAAGCCCCCUGAGCCCCUGCUGAUUGGACAAUGCUCAGGAUUCAUAGAGACGACGGUCAAAAUUAAACAAAAUGAAAUGCUGCCUGGACCCAAGUUUGAGUUGGAUGGUAAGGUUGGUUGCAUCCACCUGCUGCUCUCCCCUACUCAAGUUACUCACCUGACGGACCUCCUAUCUGCCCUCUGCAUAGAGACAUCAGAAGGCAGCAGUGGUGUCGGUGUGUCUGGUGGGGGAGUCUCCAGACCUCUGGGUUCGGAUGAUUUGCGUUUAAUUGAGGAAGAUCUCAGUAAACAGCUAAGUGCAGAGAUGAUGGACAGAGAUCUGGAGCUGGAUGCAGAGCCCUAUGUCACCAGUAUGGAGAAUGGAGAGAUGUUUUUCUCGAUGGGUCCCGGCUAUAUGACCAGCAGUAUGUUGUCCACACGCUCUGGCAGUGAAAUGUCUGACAGCAUGGAGUCGUCCAUUCACAGUCAGAGUAGCGUGGCCCAAUCAAACCCUAUGUCGUCACAGGGUCCUCGCCGUUAUCCUGUACCAGGAUCCUUAACUAGUUUACCGCAAUGUAGCAGACCCUCAAAACGUUCAUCCCGUGGUGGCCAAUCAGAGCCACUAAAACCAGACUCCUUAAUCCGCCUCUCUCUUGGCGGAGUCACUCUGACUCUGCUGGAGCAGGAACCGCCCACCAGGCCCGACGGGCUCUCGUCAUUGGCCGAGGUGUCACGGCUGUUUUUUAAAGAGCUUGCUUUCUUUAAAGACAGCAUGUUUAGCGAGAGAGACUUCCAGAAUCUACGAGGGGGUUUUUCUAAGGCGUGUCCACACUCUCACAUCAGGUUGACCGGUGCCGCUGUGCAGCUGGUGUGUGAGAUGCGGAGCGCAGGGAAGCACAUCCGAGCCAUGACCUCUGACCUCUCAUUCAGUAGGCUGGAACUACUGGAGUCCCUGUGGGACUCUGGUGGUCCACAGUACACAGAGCUUUUGCAGUUUCAGUCAGCUGGCGGCUUCACGAUGGGCACCGCUACCAGACCAUGUGCUCAGUUUCACCACAGUCUUUGUGAGAAGCACAUGCGCAAGAGUGGAACCAGACGGCGUGUGGUGCGCAGAGACAGUGCCCUACAGGUUGAGCUCGAAGAACUGAACUCUGAGUUGGACCUGGAUAUUUUAGGUCGACUGGAGUACAUCUUGCAAGCUCUGAGUCACUGCCCAACACCACCUCAAAGAGCACACACUGCUGAGCCUCAGUUGUUAGAGCUGCACUCCUCUCUGGUGCUUCAAUCUCCUCACGCUGUGCUGAAGGUGCGUUUCCCUAUCCCUGAUCUUCGACCCCCAGGACUGAGACGACCCCUGAGCCAGCGUGCGGUGCGUAGUGAGAUCUUGAGCUUGCAGAUCUCCAACCUGGAGCUGAAGUCUCAACAGGGGCCAGAUGUUCCUCAGGAGAGCCCCUUGAGCCCUGGAGCCAAACUUACCAAACUGCUGGAGGCUUGUUUCACAGAUCUGCAUGGAGUGUAUGAAGGCUGGGAAGGGGAGGCAUUUCCCUGUAUCCGUGUACAGAAGAGUCCAGAUCCGCACAACCCUGAGUCCAUGCCCAGGAUCCAGGUGCGUGUGCAUGAGGGUGCGGCAGGGUCUGAUAAAAGAGGUCCGUGUGAAGGUCUGGAUGGAGAUUUAGGUCUGGGCUCUGUGUCUCUGGAGAAUCCCUGUGAGCUCAGAGAGAAGAACAGCUCUCCAUUCUCAUCCAACCGCACUAUGUUUGAGACAGAGGAGAUGGUGAUACCAGCAGACCCAGAGGAAAUGAAGGAGUUUCAGUCUCAAUGUAUAUCUCAAUGUCAGUAUGUGGUUGAUAUCACGUUUCCCGUAGCAUGUGUCCUCCUGCCCAGUAAAGAAGCCUUCCAGAGCAUAUACAACAGGAUUAAUAAUGAUCUGUUGAUGUGGGAGCCCCCUCCAUCUCCACCUCCCCAAGGACCCUCCUCUUCUUUACACCGUAGUCCCUCACAUCAUCGCAGAGCUGAAGAUGAUGAGUUUUACCUUUGUAAAUCUGCCUUCAGACUGGAAUCGGACUCGGAGGAGGAAGAGACUCAGUUUUACUCAGCCAGCCAAUCGAAGAGGAGGAAACAAGUGGAGCCUCAGUCUAGCCAUGGACUCAGCUUGCUUUGUUUAACCGUGCUGAUCGGCAAAGGUCGCCUUCAAGCCGUGACUGACUGCAAGAAUGAAGCUGGUCGCAAAGUGGAAGAGUGUCACGGGGAACUCGUUUUGGAUUUAGAAGGGGGGAAGAUUUUUAGUGUGUCGCAACAUCUGAACAACCCCAAUCUUAACUUCCUGACCAUAGAGAGCAGAAAAGUGGAGCUCUAUCAUAAAGCGGAGGUCGCCGACUCCCCUAUCCCUGCAAGAUUGGAAAUGCCCAGAUUUACUGCCCCUGGAUAUCUGGACCCUACCAUUUACCCCACGGAGGUGGGGGUGAGCAGCGUCGGUGGCCGAGAAUCUGACAUUCAAAUGCUGUCGACCGCCAUUAAAAUCACAUUAGACCUUGAGAGAAAUGUCAAGGAGUUUGUGGUUGCGUUGCGACUCCAUGGUGCUACUUUACGACAUCACAUGGCAUUGACCAAUCACAGCUGGCAUGAACAGAUAGUUGAUUUCCUUGAUGUUAUAGAUGAUGAUAUUUUAGGAUACACCGCACCUGCUGUCAUUACAGUACUACACACACAUCUGGCCACCUGCGCGGUCGACUACAGACCUCUUUAUCUUCCUCUGCGAGUUUUGUUUACCGCAGAGUCCUUUUCUCUGUCCAGCAACAUCAUCGUGGACACGGCAACCUUUCACCUCAGGUUUAUCUUGGAUGACUCUGCGCUGUACCUGUCAGAUAAAUGUGAAAGCGAUACGGUGGAUUUGAGACGAGACUAUGUGUGCGUGUUAGACAUCGAUCUGUUGGAGUUGGCCAUCACCACAUGGAAAGGAACAGACUCUAGUAAACCAACCCAGCCGCUGUUCGAGCUUCGCUGUUCCAAUAACGUCGUUCACGUGCACACCUGCGCAGACUCGUGCGCUGCUCUGGUCAACAUGCUGCAGUACCUGGUCUCUCAGGGCGACCUUCACCCUCCACCCCGCCACACGUCUCCAACAGAAAUUGCCGGACAGAAGCUUCCGCUGUCUGAAAGUCCCGCCUCCCUACCUUCAUGCCCACCAGCGGAGACAGCCGAGAUUAAUCAGUAUGACCUCACAGAUGCCUUGAUUGACACAGAGAGAAUCAUACAGGAAGACGGACAAGAUUUUGGCUCUCCCUCCAUCCGACGAGCCUCACCUGUCUCCGUCUACUUGUUCCCGGGAGAAGCCCCUAAGCCCCGCCCCUCAGUAUUGGAAGGGGAGGAGUCUGAUCUUGACGGACUGGUAACCACGGCUAUGGAGGUUCAUGCGGAUGUGAUGUCAGAGGACGGCUCCGAAGGUUCCACCGACAAUGAUGACUUUUGCAUCCUAGAAGCUCCUGGGAUGGGCAUUCCGCCUCGAGAUGGUGAGCCUGUGGUGACGUUGCUGUCUCAGGACCCUAUAAAGGUGCGUGAUGGGUAUUUCUCACGACCACGAGGCAGUUCGGACCUUCUGCGUGCUCCGGUCCGGUUUCCAGUGCCUCAGAAUAGAAUCGUGCUCCGAGAAGUAUCCAUUAUAUGGCACCUGUACGGUGGGAAAGAUUUCGGGGGCAAACCCAGCUCUGCUCACGCACAGCACAGUCAUAAGGUUCGAGCAGCGGCUCCCGGCGCACGCGGAUCCCCUUCUCGUUCAGUCGGACCUUCGCGGCCCCAAAAUUCUUGGCGCUGGGUUGGAGGAAGUGGCAGGCAGCACACGCUGCUCAUGGAGAUACAACUCACCAAGGUCAGUUUUCAACAUGAGACGUACCCAGUGCUGUCGCCCUCGGGGCAGGACGCAGAGGGGGCGGGGCUUGGAGAGCAGCCUAUUUCCCGGCAGGUGUUUAUUGUACAGGAGCUGGAGGUGAGAGACCGACUGGCUUCCUCUCAAAUCAACAAGUUCCUGUACCUGUACACCAGCGAGAGCAUGCCGCGCAGAGCCCACUCCAACAUGCUCACUAUCAAAGCACUACAGGUGAUGCCUGAAUCGGGUCUGGGCGGUCCAGAAUGUUGUCUGAGAGUGAGUCUGUUACCACUGCGACUCAAUAUAGACCAGGAUGCACUUUUCUUCCUAAAGGACUUUUUCAGUACCUUGGCGGCAGGAGUUAAUCCGUACCUACCGGUCGACCCUGCAGCUGAGGUUAAGACUGACGCUUCUCUGAAGCAUCCGGACGACACAGAUCCUGCCUCUGCAUUGGGUCCCGAUCUCGCAGCUUCCGUAGAAACGACCUUUAGUGAGCAGAGCUCCUCUUCGGCUGGCUCCUCCUCAUCUUCUGACCAACCAAUCUACUUUAGGGAGUUCCGAUUCACAUCUGAAGUCCCCAUCUGGCUGGACUAUCAAGGAAAGCAUGUGGUCAUCGAGCAGGGAACGUUUGCGGGCAUUCUGAUUGGUCUGGCUCAGCUGAACUGCUCUGAAUUAAAGCUGAAGAGAUUAUGUUGCAGACAUGGGCUGCUGGGUGUUGAUAAGGUGAUUCAAUACGCUGUGAACGAAUGGCUUGCCGACAUCAGGAAGAACCAGCUGCCGGGGAUUUUGGGAGGUGUCGGACCCAUGCAUUCUGUUGUACAGCUUUUUCACGGCGUACGAGAUCUCUUCUGGAUGCCCAUUGAACAGUACAGGAAGGAUGGGCGCAUUAUUCGAGGGCUCCAGAGGGGGGCAGCAUCAUUCGGCACCUCCACAGCCUCUGCGGCCCUGGAGCUCAGCAACAGACUUGUGCAGGCGAUUCAGGCCACCGCUGAGACCGUGUAUGACAUCUUAUCUCCCACUCCUCCUCUGACACGUUACAUUACAGAGGGACGGCCCACCACGCGUCCCAGGCGCACCCCUCAACCAGCUGAUCUCAGAGAGGGUGUGGCCAAGGCCUAUGACACCGUCAGAGAAGGAGUGAUGGACACAGCUCACACCCUGUGCGAUGUGGCAUCUCGCGGGCACGAGCAGAAAGGUCUUCCCGGAGCAGUGGGCGGGGUUUUGCGCCAAAUCCCGCCCACGGUCGUCCGCCCCCUUAUAGUUGCCUCGGAGGCCACUUCCAACUUGCUCGGAGGCAUGCGGAACCAAAUUAAACCGGACGCCAGGAAAGAGGACUUCUUAAAAUGGCGCACAGAAGACGGGCAAGAAUGAGAUUGACGUGGACUAAAGUCGUCAGAUUUUUGUUAGCGUGAAUGUUGAAAUGAAGUACGAAUGUGAGUUUAUCUGUGAGCACCAUGCAAAAACAUAGGACGACAAACUUGGCAUUUUUUAAUCGCUUCCACACGGUUGCACACUUUGUCUUGUGCAAUGCAAAUUCGUUUUGCACUUUGCAAGAAGCUGAGCUCUCCAUACAGCCGAGUGCAGUUCGUCUUCAUCUUGACGUAUGUGUAUAAAGAAGUAUGCAAUCAUAUCGGUUUGCAACCUGUGAGCUCAAGAGCAGAUGUUUUCCCUACUCAUUCAGCAUUGGGUUGAAUCAAUAUUUCCCCUAUAAAGUAUUACAAACUUAGUUUAACAAAUUUCUGAUUUAGGUAAACGCUCAUUAUGUGACUAUAUUCUGGUGGCCUUACUAAAUUUUGUGAGUGAUUCUUUGACCUCUGAUUGUGUUUUUAAGCACAGUCGAUUUUCCUGGUGUCCUAGUGCCAUAAUAUAUUGACAUAAACACUUUAAAUGUCUCUCUCUCUCUCUGUUUAACUCUUUAUGUCUUUAUUUGUAAGGGAAGACCAUUUUUAUUUGUAACUUACUAUGUUUCAGAAUGCAUUUUUUCCUUAUGAAAACAUGUCUGACAAAUAUACCCAAAAUCAAAGAAAACAUUAUAGAAAAUUAAAGAUGCAAAAUUUGCAAUGUUACAUUAGUUAAAUGACAAAAACAUAUCACCUCUAUAAAUGCUUUUAAGCAUUUUACCUUGAACUGUUUUCAAUACAGAUUUAGUUAUACUGUAAUACAGUGAUUUGUUUUGCUAUAGCCUAUUAUUGUAAAAAAAAGUUACUGGAUUGCGUCAAGCAAAAGGCAGUGCAACAUUUUUGGCAUUUAUCAAAUGUGCUUGACUUUUUCCCAAAAAAAAAGUUGUUUUAAAGGAAAACUCCACUGUUUUUCAAUAUUUUACUAUGUUCUUACCUCAAUUUAGACAUAUUCAUACCUCUCUUUAUUUAAUGCGUGCACUUAAUCUUUGUACAGCAUGUUGUGAAUGUGUUAGCAUUUAGCCUUGCCCCAUUCAUUCCUUAGGAUCCAAACAGGGAUGAAUUUAGAAGCCACCAAACACUUCCAUGUUUUCCCUAUUUAAAGACAGUAAUAUUGAAAGAAGUUUGAGCGAAAGGAGUAGUAGUCAGGAGUGAUGUUACUGCGUGCCGAGGUCAACGUGCUGCAAACUAAGUGCUCUUCGGCCAUACAAUAUAGUUCUCAUUUUUGAUCCGCCACGUUUUAUUUUGUGCCACCAUACUUACUCGUGUAACUACUCAUGUAACAGUCUUUAAAUCGAGAAAACAUGGAAGUGUUUGGUGACUUCUAAAUUCAUUCCUGUUUGGAUCCUAAGGAAUGAAUGGGGCUAGGCUAAAUGCUAACACAUUUACGACGUGCUGUACAAAGAUUAAGUGCACGCAUUGAAUAAAGAUAGGUAUGUAUUAAUAUGUCUUAGUUGCGGUAAUAACAUAGUAAAAUAUUGAAAAACGGUGGUGUUUUCCUUUAAGCAAAACUCUUAAUCGACCCUGACAUGUUUCUGACUAAUUUUGUGCGCUUUAUACCCUUUAUUUAGAAAUUUACCCGCAAACCAAACAGCUUGCUUUCAUUUCAUAAUUGCCGCCUUGUUUUUAUUUUUAUUUUGUAUUUCUGGCUUAUGAAAUGUAAAAGUGAUGUUGAGCAUUCGAUGCCCUUUCUCUCUCUCUCUCUCUCUUCGUUAAUUGUAUAAUGUAUGCGGGAUGUGAGUUUUGGGUAUUUUGUGAGUUUAUGUGUACAGCGUGUGUUCGGAGUGAGUGUGUAAGAACAUGCAUGUUUGUGUAUUGAUGGUUGUGACUGGUUGCCUGUGUGAUUUGUGGCUACCAGUGUACAUUUAUUACGUCUGUAAUUACAAUAUCACACGCUGUAAGAAAUACCUGUAUAGUACCAAGACAAUGCGUAAACAAAUUAAUACAAAAAAUAAAAUUGUGCAUUAGAAAAACAUUUAAGAAAUUA